AAUCGUAGCCUGAAAAGUGAAGGUUUCCGUCUGAACGACCCUUAUCCAUUGAAAAAGAAAGCAGUGUUAAAAACAACAAUACACAAUACCGGGAACAGCAGCAGUAAGCCAUGAUAACUCACAAAGCUGCUUCCAUAUUUACCCCGCAUAAUUUCUCGCCAAACUCUCUUCCUCAUUGUCUUCAGUACAAACUCCACAAAUUCCAGUUGAGCCUACCAUUUCGCCUCAGAAAAUCGCUUCAACUCCGCACCUUCUUUUCUCACCAAAAUUGGACGGAUUAUGGCCAAGAUGACAACAUUCUUGGCGACUGCGUUGUUUUUGAAGAAGGCAUAUUUGAACAACCACAAAUUAUAAGUAAACAGACAAAAAAUAUUUCAAAGGAGGAUGAAGAAGAAGAAGAAGAAAGCUUAAUACCGGAAGAAUGGCGGGAGCUGCAAACGGAGCUCAACGUCCCAAAAAGGGAAAGAAAGAAAAGAAUGCAGAGUAUUGAAUCGGCCAACAGUUUUCGGAGAAACAGAGAAUUUGAGCUUUCCAGGGACGGUUUAUCAGAAAACAAUACUAUUAAAUUGCCAGAGUUGAAUUUUACACAAACGAUAAAAAUCUCUGAUAAUCAAGCGACGGAGAUUUCGUCUGCAGAGGCCGGGGGUUCAGAUAAUAUUUCUGUUACGGAGGAAUUGACGGGAAUUUCUUCUGUCAAGGACGACAGUGACGAAAGUCGCUGCAUUGAAGAGGAAAAUGUACAAGCCUUGAGGAGUUUCUCUGUUGGUGAAAGGGGUAUAAGUUCUUCUCAAACGUCACAAAUUUAUUCUUCUUCUGUGAGAGAACGCAAUGGACAAAUUAGUUGUGCUGAAGGGGAAAGUGGGAAGCCACCGGAGAACUUUUUUGUUAGUGAUGGGAUUUUAAGUCCAUCUCAAGUGACAGAAGUUUCUUCUUCUGUUAGUGAAGGGAAUGAUGAAAUUCAUUGGGGAAACGGUGUUGAUAAAGUUAAAAUUUCGUCAGAGAGUUCUGUUAAUGCAAGGGUGUUUCCAAAGAACCCUCGGCUUCAGGUUGUCGGAGCGGGAUUUGAAGAGAUCUCUAAGAGGCUGGAUGAAAAGUACAAGGUUGAAGAUGAUGAAGAAAAUCAGCCACAAGAGCGUCGCCAGUUAUUUACACAAGAGGAGAAGGUUCUCUUAAAUAAGCGCACACCUGAUCUUCAACGAGCUACAUCUGCAAAAUGGAUACCUGUGCAUACAUUUGCAACAGCAGGUCAAUCUUAUCUUUUGGACUUCCUUUUAAUGCAUGGUGUUAAUGUCAAUGUUAUUGACAAGGAUGGUCAAACUGCCCUUCACAAAGCUAUAACUUGCAAGAAAGAAGGCAUAGUUAACUACCUUCUUAAAGCAGGAGCGAAUGCUUUAGUACGUGAUAGGGAUGGUGCUACAUUGAUACAUUAUGCAGUUGAAGUUGCUGCAAUUCAAAUAAUCAAGCAUUUGAUCCUUUACAAGGUGGAUAUUGAUGCCCCUGACAAUUAUGGAUGGACUCCUCUACAUCUUGCAGUUCAGAGUAGAAGAACAGAUGUAGUGAGGCUUCUGCUGAUUAAAGGUGCUAACAACAACAUACGAAACAAGGAUGGAAAUACACCUUUGGAUCUAUGUUUACACUCGGGGCAAGAUAUGAGAACAUUUGAACUCAUAAGGUUACUGAAAACAUUACCAAAGAAAAGUGAAACAUUACCAAACAGUAUUCCGUCUCAGAUUCUAAGGUGACGGAUACCUUGCUUUUUUUGGGUUCCAUCCUAUUUUGGAAAUCUUCUGCAGAGCUCGGUUUUACAACGUUUUCCAUGGACAUAAAUAAUGUUGCUUUCUAAUGUUUUCUGUUAUGUAAAUAAUUUGUUCAUUAUGAUAGCAAGUCGUGGGAGAUAAUGAAGCAAAUUAACAGGUUUAGCUCUCUUGGGAUGAUCUGAGAAGAUGGUUAUUUGUCUAAAUAGAGAUUGGGCCACAAAAUAAUUUUCAUUUUCCUA